AUGAGACCUGAAAAUAUUGAAAAUUUUGUUGGUCAAGAUCACUUGCUGGGUUCCAACAAAAUGUUGAAAAGACUUCUAGAAAAUAAUUAUUUAUUUUCAUUAAUAUUUUGGGGACCACCUGGAUGUGGAAAAACAACACUUGCAAAAAUUAUUUCAAACAAUUGCACAAAAGAAUCCAAUACUUGGAGAUCUGUACAUCUUUCAGCCACGACCACUGGAAUUGCUGAUGUCAAAAAUUAUAUAGACAUUGCUAAGAAUGAAAAAAGAAUGACAAAAAGAAGAACUCUUAUUUUUGUUGAUGAAAUACAUAGGUUCAACAAAUUACAACAAGAUAUAUUUCUGCAACCUGUAGAGGAUGGAACAAUAAUUUUAAUUGGAGCCACAACAGAGAACCCUUCAUUCUCUAUUAACAACGCUCUCUUGAGUAGAUGCCAAGUAAUUCAACUUGAAAAAUUGUCUGUUGAAAAUUUUGAAAAAACUUGCAUCGUUGAAUCCAAUGAUAAUAAAAACGAUGCUGGUUUGAUGAUGAUUGCGGAACUAUGUGACGGGGAUGCUCGAAAAGCUUUAAAUAUUCUGCAGUCCCUUAUUGGAUUGAAACAAGAAAACUCUGAAGCCAAUGAUAUGAGUACUAAAUCAAUCAAAGAUCCUUUCGUUUCCACUGAAGACGUUAAAAAUGUUAUCUACAGAAUAGUCCAAUAUGACAGAAAUGGAGAUGAACACUACAAUGCAGCAUCUGCCCUUCAAAAAUCAAUACGUGGAUCAGAUGAAAAUGCUUCCAUUUAUUGGUUAGCUAGAAUGCUGGAAGGUGGUGAGGAUCCUUUGUUCAUUGCUCGAAGGCUUGUUGUCUGUGCUAGUGAAGAUAUUGGGCUGGCUGACAAUUGUGCCUUACCAUUGGCUGUAUCAACACUUCAAGCCUGUCAACUGAUUGGUGUCCCAGAAUGUUCUAUAAAUCUAGCUCACUGUGUGACGUACUUGGCUCGAGCUGCCAAGUCAAACGAGUCAUAUAUGGCUCUGAAGAGGGCUCAACAAAAUAUAUUGGAUCACAAGGGUCCUCUGCCUGGCGUACCCCUGCAUCUCAGAAAUGCUCCGACCAAACUUUUAAAAGACCUAGGCUACCACAAGGGCUACAUAUACAAUCACAGUCAUAUUGGACCAGUUGAUCAGUCGUAUCUUCCUGAAUCAUUAUCUGGAAUAAAUUUUUUUCAACCAAGUUGA